AUGGCUUCUAUUAAUGAUAUUACUAUGUCGUCGCCUUGCCCUGGAAUCUUGCACAGUUAUUCAGGACAACUUUCUGCAUUUGAAUACGGCAGUGGAAAUGAAAUUCCUAAACCCCACUCCCUGCUCUUUGUUGGUGGUCUCUAUGAUGGGCUCGGCACCGUUCCAUAUGUCAGCACCAUAGCAAACGCCCUUAAGUCAACUAAAUGGUCCGUCUUUUUCCUCCUCCUGUCAUCUUCUUACAAUGGCUGGGGCAUGAGCAGCUUGGACCAGGACGUGAAAGAAAUCGGGCAGUGUGUGAACUAUGUACGACGGUAUAAAGACAGACAGUGCAAAAACAUGCCCGGGCUCGUUGUUUUGAUGGGACAUUCAACCGGAAGUCAGGAUGUCCUGCACUAUUUAUAUUCCCUAGAUUCAACAGGGGAGUCGAAGCGACCAAACGUCGAUGGAGCAAUUCUUCAAGCUCCUGUCUCCGAUAGAGAACACUUUUUACAACUCCUGAAAGAUGGUGACACGACGUCAAUGCCGAUUUUUAAUGAAUUGGUUAAUCUAGCAAAGAAAAAUGUUGCUUCUGGUAGCAAUAAUACCAUUCUACCGCUAGAUUCUACUAUUAAAGUGGGAAUAUCUAUCCCUAUAUCUAGCUAUCGAUUCUUGAGUCUUUUUAGCCCAGACAGUCCCGACUCUCCCCAAGAUGACGACCUCUUUAGCUCUGAUUUAACCGAUGAGCGAUUAAACAAAACUUUUGGAAUGAUUAGACAUCGGGAUCUACUCAAAGGAUCACUGAUGGUGUUGUUCAGUGGAGCAGAUGAAUUCGUUCCCGACUCGGUCGACAAGGGCACGUUACUCGCAAGAUGGGAGAAUGCCACAAAACAAGGCGAUGUAUCUCGAGAUAUAUGGAGCUCAAUCAGUGGUAUUAUCCCUGGGGCUCUUCAUUCGCCGCCCGACGGAGAUGAUAACUGUCCGCAAAGAGAUCUUGUCUCAAGGGUUGAGACAUACUUGAACAGUAUUGAGAAGCCUUGA